GAGCUAGACAAUUCAGCAGAAUCCUCACACAUUCAGGUGCUGCUGAAGCAUCAAAGUAGAACCCUUCAGAAGAUGAAGUUUCUAAUGCUGACCGUGGGGCUGGCCCCGGUAUGUGGCCUUCAGGCUCUCAAUAACAAUGCAGAAGACUCACCAAAGGUUACUGGGAAGUGGUUCACAGUUGCAUUGGCCUCAAAUGUGACAUCUAAGAUUGAGGAAGGAGGUAGCUUGCAGAUAUUUGUCAAAAGUCUCUGGGAACAUGAUGGUCUUCUUAGUGCAGUCUUCUUUAAAAGGCAAAAUGGCAAAUGCAUUCAAUUUUCUGUGACUGCUUCCCCAGGAGAAGAUGGUCAAAUGCACGUACCAUAUGAUGGAGAAAAUGCUUUCUCCCUUGAAAGCAGAGACUCUGAACAUUUGAUAUUUAUCGUGUAUAAUACCAAAGAUGGGGAGGUGACUGUUUGGGGAGAACUCUAUGGCCAGACUCCAAAUCUGUCUGAUGAAAUAAAGAAGAAAUUUGAGGAAGUAUGUGAAAGAUUUGGAAUUAGGAAGGAUCAAAUUAGAGACCUGUCCAAUGAUGAUCGAUGUGAAGAGCUUAGGUAA